AUGGUCGAGGAACGUCUUAUCACCACGUGACUUCGCGUCAUCCUGGGAUUUUCGUAUCUGCGGGACGCGACAAGCCACGAUUAUUGAGAGAGUCUUGAGUCUCAUUACUGGUUUUCACGACAUUGUUAGCACAGUUCUCCAGAUGCAGAAGCCAUGUCGCAUGACCGCGUGAUCCAGGACUCGGAUGACGAAGACGACCAUUUCAUGGCACCUCCACAGCAGGAGACUGAUAACGCCCACACCGACGACUACCUCCAAGGCGAUGAAACAAGACACGAGGGCACAGAGCGCAACUAUGACCCGAGUAUAAACAUCGACUUCGAUCAAUAUCUCCAAUCGCAGGAAAGGUCACUACAUGGGCACUCGUCGCCUCAGCGUCCGUUAGACUCUGGAGGUGGAUCUAUGGGCUCGAUGAUGAAUGAGAUUGGCCUCGCCCAACAACGACUCUUUGACGAUGACGAGGUUCAAAUGAUCGACCCAUCGCGGCAGCAACGCCCACAGGCUGUCUACUCAGAAUCGAUGCAAACAGAGACGAUACCUCUACAAGCAGAACAGAGUGGGCCCUCAUACCCCAGCGACCCAUCUCAUGGCGUCCUCAAUAUCAAUCGCAGCUCGUUACAAGCAGGUCCUCCACUGUCAUUCAUUACACAGCCCAACACCUCCAGCCUCAAUCCCACUCCUCCCCCCCAGCAGUACGAGGCACCUCUAUCCGAUACCCCGAACCAAUAUCUGACGACUCACCCCCACGUCGAAGUGCCGAUCCAGCCGUACCAGCAACAGUUUUCAUCUAUUCCAGAGUAUGACGACUCUUCCUCCGGAGCCGUACAGACCUCUUCAUCCUUCAACGUCUUCGAAGCCUCCCUCCCACCUCUCCAGAACGUGUAUCCUAACGACCUUACCACUAAUCAUCACCACCACAACUUCCCCUACUCCGCGACAACCAUCCCCACCGAAGUCGCACUCACAUCUUCUCCUCGCCGGGUGGCCUCCCUUCAAGCCACCCCCCUUUCCCCGCACGAUACCAUACCAAUCUCCUCCGUCCCGUCAGCUGCCAAGGCAAGCCGAUCAAAGAGCGAAAGCCAUCAUCCGCAUACCACACCAAGAAGUGAUCCAAGCGCGAAUCACACCACAGCGACAACAUCACUUCUUCCCACUCAGUUGAGCACCGAUGAGCUAGUCACCAUCCAGAUCCCUGCUGCCGCGGAAACACCGAUUGUGGAAAAGAAGCGCGGCCGCAAGAUGAAGCAGCAGCAGCAGCAACAGCAGGAACAACAACAACCACCCUCACCACUACCUCCCACAGAACCAAAUGAAACGACCAACUCAACCGUAAUCAUCCUCGACGACGACAAUGAAGGAGCUGGAGCUCCUGAAGCCGGUCAAUCCACUAUCAACAUGCUCCAUACCACAGAACCUCAACCCCUUUCCCUCCCCGCAACACCUGCAACCGAACCCCCCAACAACAACAGCAGUUGCAGCAGCAGCAGCAGUAAUACAAAACCCGAGAAACGCAAACCCGGCCGCCCACCCAAGAACUCCAGACCCUCAACCUCCAACCCUAUCGAAGAACUAUCUAACCUCGAUCCUCCACACACCGCAACAACAGGACUUCUCCCUGCUACUGCUGAUGACCCACAAACCAAACCCACCACCACCACCACCACUACUACGGCCGCCCCCGCUAAAGAGCCUAAAAAGAAGAAGCUCAAACGCGGCAAAACCACCUCGGUCACGCUCACCAAAACCUACGAUUCUGACAUCGAGCCCGAUGUGAUCUGGGUCCAGGAGGAUGCGGGGGCGGAGGCAGAGGCAGAGGCAGUCCUACCCCCGGAUCAUGUUUCUAGAAGCAGCAUCCCCAACGCCUCCAACGCACAAGAGCAUUGUGAACCCCCCACAAAAACCGAAACAGCCCCGGCGCCCAAGAAACGCGGCCGUAAGAGAAAAAAUCCCGAUCCUGUCACGUCAGAGCAAGGGCCCGAGCAAGACGAACAGGAGAAUCAGGAACAGCUGAAUGAUCCGGUGCACAACCAGUAUCAACCUGACGCAAGCGAACCGCACCUGCAUGAAUCAGCGCAAGAAGAAGGCGCAGAAAUGUUGCCUCCAAAGCAACAAGCAGAUCCGACUCCGGAUCCUCCGCCCGCACCGCCUGACUCGGCAGAGCCCGACACAGUCCCUAUCACGCCGUUAAAAACAACCAAGGGUCCCACUAGGCACAGUCCUAUUUCGUCGACGAGCAAGGUGCCCUAUCGGGUGGGUCUCAGUCGGCGGGCGCGGAUCGCCCCGUUGCUGAAGGUGGUCAAGCGGUGAUGUCAGAACCUCUAUCGAGGUGUCCUAUGAGAGAAGAAAUGGUAUUUAAUGAACAUGAAUGAGUUACGACCGCAUUCUUUUCUGAC